UGCGCCACCCAGGGAUCCCAACUUUGGGCUUUUUUACCUUAGUAGUCACCAUAUGCAUAACGUAUGUAAUUAUGCAAGUCUUGGAUUUUUAGAAUCUAAAGUAAUAAUCUUUACAUUCAACAAAUAUUGAGAACCUGCCAUGUGCCAGGAACUAUUGAAAAUAACACUAUAUUUACCCUCAAGGAACGUAUAGUUCAAUAAGAACACGUAUUCCUAAGCAGUUCUGUCUAGAAAGCUGAUACUGCAUACUGUUUUUUUUCUGAAGUUUUUGAUUUAUGUUUUUUCAUGGAAAUGUUCCACCUUGUUUGCUAGAAUUUUAAAUGUUCCCCAACUAGUAUAUGGCUCUUAUACAGCCAAAACUUUUAUCAGUUAAAUUUGAGUGUUUUGCAUUAUUUUCUUAUUGAAUGCUAGAACUCACUGUCAUAUUCUGGCUUGAACAACAUAUAUUUGCCCAAAUCUAUUUCUCAGCUGUCUUGAACAGCCAAUUAUUAAAAUUUUUAGUUCAUUUUGCACUCAAAUCUUCUUGUUUUCCUACAACCACAAGCAUAUGUCAUUGAUAUCAACUGCAAUUUUUUUCUAAUUUUAUAUACGUGACUUUUGACAUUUUUGUUUUAGAAUAUCACCUCAAAUAUUUUCCUUUUUUUUUCUUUGUUGAAGACAUUUUAAACUGUUUCACAGAUGCCUCAUUGUUGUUAACAUAGAUAUAUUUGUUCCAUAGCCUUUUCCCUCUCUUUACACAGGUAUCGAUCACUUCUAUAGCCUUUGGUCAAUCGACCAGUCUUUGUGAAAUACCUACUUUUUGUGAGACUCUGGCUGGCCUUCCAUGGACAAAAAAAAUAGAAGACAGAGACCUUGACUUCUAAUUGAUUACAAUUUAGAGGAGAAGCGGCAGUUUGGAGCAUGUGAACAUACUCUGAGCCUUGAUGAGUUCCAGUAUGUGGUAUAUUAUGCAGAGCAUUCAGAGCAAAUACUCUCUCUCAGAGCGCUUAAUCCGAACAAUCGCUGCCAUUCGUUCCUUCCCACAUGAUAAUGUAGAGGACCUCAUCAGAGGGGGAGCAGAUGUGAACUGUACCCAUGGCACACUGAAGCCACUGCACUGUGCCUGCAUGGUGUCAGAUGCUGACUGUGUGGAGUUACUCUUGGAAAAAGGAGCUGAGGUGAAUGCCCUGGAUGGUUACAACCGAACAGCCCUCCACUAUGCAGCUGAGAAAGAUGAGGCUUGUGUGGAGGUCCUCUUGGAGUAUGGAGCAAACCCCAAUGCACUGGAUGGCAACCGAGACACCCCACUUCACUGGGCAGCCUUUAAGAACAAUGCCGAGUGUGUGCGGGCCCUGCUAGAGAGCGGGGCCUCUGUCAAUGCCCUGGAUUAUAACAAUGAUACCCCGCUCAGCUGGGCCGCCAUGAAGGGGAAUCUCGAGAGCGUUAGCAUCCUUCUUGAUUACGGUGCAGAGGUCAGAGUCAUCAACCUAAAAGGCCAGACGCCCAUCUCCCGCCUGGUGGCUCUGUUAGUUAGGGGACUCGGAACAGAGAAGGAAGACUCUUGCUUUGAGCUCCUCUACAGAGCUGUUGGACACUUUGAAUUAAGGAAGAAUGGCACCAUGCCACGCGAAGUGGCCAGAGACCAGCAGCUGUGUGAAAAACUGACUGUUCUGUGCUCAGCCCCAGGAACUCUAAAAACACUCUCUCGCUAUGCUGUGCGCCGGAGUUUAGGACUCCAGUAUCUGCCAGAUGCAGUCAAGGGCCUCCCACUGCCAGCUUCUCUGAAGGAAUACCUGUUACUUGUAGAAUAGGCUGGAGGAAACAUUUGCACCGUCACGCAGGCAACUCCGGCCGAGGUGUUUCCCUGCAGUACACUCUUUGUCUUGGAAAACAGGAAAAGCAGUCGUUCCUGUUGUGUGGUUUGUAUUUAGAGGCAACGUGUCACAACAGUAACCUCCACACCAUCUCCCCUCCCUAAACCAAGCAACCAAACAAACAAAAAAUCCCUCACUUUUGUUUUCUGUUUAUUGCUUACUUGGCUUUUUAUAUUGCACCCUACAAAUGGAGAGGCCUCCCCCCUCCCCUAUAGGGAAAAAGUGCAACUAAACUCUAGGAAGAUGAAGAGUAUUUAAAGAAUGUGUGUUUAGCUUUCCUUCGGGAACAUGAUUAACAUUUCAGAAGCAUCCCUCCAGAAGCAUUGUAACUGGUCCAUGAAGAAGUUUCAAACAUCCCAGCCAAAGAUGAAGAUCCUCCAACCUCACAGGAUGUGCAGAUUCACAGUUGGGCUGGAUGAUGCCCUAAGGUGCAUGGAGCGGCCGGAGGGGACUGCCCCUUGCUCACCAUCAGAGGAACCUGCACCUUUGGCCUCUGUUCCAUGGGUGUGCCUGAGGCUUACGGUAGCUCAGCAAUAGCAUGGUCUUGCUGCUUUCCACAUGGUAGAAGAGAGGUCCCAGCAGUCCUAAGAACUCCGUGUCCUCAGAACUUUUCUCCUAACGCAGUUCUUUCUCUUGGUGAAAGCCAGUUUGCUCCAUCGGGCUUGGCAGGUGUUUGAGCACCUUUGGUGAAGGUGUUUUACGCCAGCAGGAGACGAUGGGCUGGGCUGCCUCUUCCCACGGGUCUUCUUCAUUUCCUUGUAGGAAGCUCACUCUCCUAAGAGUUGGGAGUUACCUUCCUUUCAAUUGUUUUGGAAAGUUUGCUUUUUACUGAUCUAUACAAGACGUCAGGGGAGCGGAGGGUGCGGGGGACGAGCUCUGUAAGAGCUGCUUUUGCCAUGGCCCGCCUACUCACCACAGAGCUGCUUUAGGGACCCAUACUUAGCCAACAGUACUCUUCCUUUUCAUGGUCCUAAACUAGAUCAGGUCGUUACUGAUCUUGGAUGACCCAGAUGCAAUUUUGAAAAACCUUUUUUUUUUUUUUUAACUGAUUGGAAACUACAAAUAAAAAUGAUUGGAAUCUGCUAACACAGCUAAUUUGAAAAACUAUGUCUGCUUUUGCCCUUUUGCUGUUGCUAGGGUUUUUUUGUUUUCUCUUUUCUUUCUUUUUUUUUAUUUUUUUUUUUUUUGCUCACUUGAAAAAAGAGAAAUAAACACUUCUAAAAGCAAUUUUGGCAAUUUCUACUAUUCCUGCUUCUCUCCACGUUAUUUAAUCACUGGGAGUCCCGUUGUCCAUCACUCUGGAGCGGGGCUGCCAUCACCCUCCUCAUUAGCUGGUCUGAGGAUGCCGUGACAAACAGUGCUUGAUAUUUAUUGUUAUUUCUCUUCCCCUUAAAGAACUGCCCAAAGAACAUCUGGCUGCUUUAAUUCUGGAUUCCGACAAGCCGCCUCAGUUCCUGUUCAGAACCGCUUGCACAGUACAGAGGUAAUACUUUGGACAGCCAGCAAAAGCAGCCUACUAGAGAUAAUCCUUCCUCCACCACUGGUAAAACCUUGAACCUCUCCCUGCUUCGUCAAGCAAAUGAGGAAACCGGGUUGGGGGGAGUAUGUGUGCUUGUGACAAGUGACAGGAUCUGGUUUUUGGAAGCUAAGCUUAAACCAGGCAUCAACAGGGCACCAUCCUAUCAGUUUAGAUGGUUCCUGAAGACCAACUGCAUGAUGCAGUCACAUGGCUAAUGAGGAGGAGGAAGCUGUUGUUAUGGCACAGAAAAUACAUUGAGCUGAAUAAGAACCAACAACUCUUUAAAGCCAUAUUUCAGCCAAACCACCAAACCAGGUCCUGGUCUGGGGGUCCCUUUCCCAGGCUUUCAAAAUGUGCAUGGCUCCUCACAAAUGGAGUCUGCCUUUCAUCUAGGAAGGAGUACGGGGGAAGAGUUGAGAAGAAAGAACCCUAGGUUGUCAGAAGAGUAGAGCUCAUAGGAUGGCUGGAAAAAAGCACCCUCAGGUCAUGAGCAUAUGAUCAGAAGGUGAAACACAACUUCAUGCUUAAGAGAGCCUGGCACGUCCUAUGGCUAUGGAGGAUGCAGGAGGGACUGGUGUGGAAUGAGGGUAAGGACCAGUGUACGAUGAUGUUCUAGAUCCCUAUGUUCACAGCCAAGAGAUGCUGUGGGGGGACAAAAGCCAUGAGGUGGAGAGGUACGUG